AUGAAUAAUAAUAAUAAUAAUAAUAAUGAAAAUGAAAAUUUUAUAAUUUUAAAUGAAUUAAAUUUAAAUCCAAUUAAAAUGCCAAUGUUAGGAAUUGGAACAUUUAAAUUAAAUGAUAUUGAAAAUAUUAUUAAAGUUGGUUUAGAGAAUGGUUAUAGACGUAUUGAUACAGCAUCAAUGUAUAAUAAUGAAGAAAGAAUUGGUAAAGUAUUAAAUGAAAUGGUUACAAAGAAUGAUGGAUUAGAUGGUAAAAAGAUAAAAAGAGAAGAUUUAUUUAUAACUAGUAAAUGUAGUUUUAUGGAGCAAGGUUAUGAAAAUGCUUUAAAAGCAUUUGAAUCAUCUUUGAAAAAGUUACAAUUGGAUUAUUUAGAUUGUUAUUUAAUUCAUUGGCCUGGUGUAAAAGGAUUGGAUGGUAGUGAUAGUGGUAAUUCAAUUCAACGAGCUCAAACCUGGAGAGCUCUAGAGAAACUAUAUCAAGAUAAAAAAGUACGUUCAAUUGGUGUUUCAAAUUAUACAAUCAAUCAUUUAACUGAACUUUUAUCAUCACCAAAUUUACAAAUAAAACCAGCAAUAAAUCAAGUUGAAUUUCAUCCUUUAAAUUUUCAAAAAGAUUUAUUAGAAUUUUGUAAAAAUAAUAAAAUAAUUUUAGAAAGUUAUGGAAGUUUAGCUGGUGGUAGAUUAUUAAAUAAUGAAAGUGUUAAAGAAUUUGCAAAAAAAGUUGGAAGAACACCAUCACAAUUAUUAUUAAGAUAUUGUUUAGAACACAAUUGCCCUGUAAUUCCAAAAACUGAAAAUGUUCAUAGAUUGAUUGAAAAUCAAAUGAUCUUAGAUUUCACUCUAUCUGAUGAUAUAGUUAAUAGUUUGGAUAAAUUAAAUAAAGAUCAAAGAUUUUAUAUGAAUCCAAAUUCUGUAAUUUAA